UUAAUGAUUAACGUUUUGUAAAAUUAUACGCCAACGAUCGCGGCUAGUUAAUAAUACCACAAAAUGAUUAAAUUAAAGUCGUUAUUCCGCAGAGGACAAGGAACCUCGAGUUCUGCCUCCUCUAACAACUCCUCGCACAAGCAACAGCAGCAGAAUUCCAACAACAAUCGACAGAAGUCGCAAUCCAGCACAUCCCUCAACACUGCGCAUGAGCAACCGCCACAGCAGCAGCAGCAGCAGCAACAGCAACAGCAGGCGCAACAGUUGCAGCAACAGCAGCUAAACAAUUCAGCGACAGCAGCAACAACAAAAUUUUAUUCAAAUCACGAGGCGACCUACGAGCGCGGCGUCGAUGUGGGUGACGAGGCUGCGUUGCUGCUGACAACACAACAGCAACAACAACAACAACAGCAGCGGCGCCAGGCGCAGCAACAGCAGCUCAGCAACACUCUACCGCAGAAGAAAUCCAAAUUUAAAGGACAAAAGCAGCCAAAGCAAUUGCCACAGCAGCAGCAGCAGCAGCAGCAAUUAGAGCAGCAGCAACAUCAUAAUCUGAUGACGUCCAUCGCGGCUGUGCCAACACCAACACCAGCAACAAACAGCAGCAACAGUCACAGCAAUAAUAAUAACAAUAGCAGCAACGGCGCAUUGGCCGCAUUGCAAGAUGGCGGCGUUGCUGCUGCUGCCGCUGCUGAUUUUUACCAGCAAUUAGCAGCAGCAGCAACAACGACAUCGGCAGCAACAAGUGCCGCAGUCAGUGGCAACAACAGCAGCAGUAGCAGCAACAACAGCAAAGCCUUUCCGGCCGCAGCAGCAGCGGUUGCUGUUGCAGCCGCUGCGGCUAGCAGCUAUCAGCAGCAGCAGCAGCAACAACAACUCAUCAACAACGAACAACAACAACAGCAACUGUUAGAGGCUAACAACAAAAUGCAGGAGCUGCACAUACAGCUGGAGCGAAUGGGACGCGAGCAACUGCAAUUGGAGACACGCAUCACAGAGCUGCUGCCAUACCAAAGCGAGGUGAACAAACUGCGGAACGAACUGCUCAAGAUGCAGAGUCAACUAGAGAAAUCACAAAUGGAGAUCGGCAAUUUGAAAUAUGAAAAUGAAUCUUUGCGCAAUCGCUUGCGGGACGUUGUCAACUCGCCAUUGUCGGACGCGGAGAAGCAUCAGAUCAUUCAAGACUCGCAACGCUUGCAUAGCUCAGCACCUGCUUCCAUAGCUUUGCCAAAUCUGAACGAAGCGGCGCACGAUGGCACGCCAUGUCUUACGCCGGACUGGGAUAAGCAUUCGUCCUCGAGCGAGAUUUCAGUAGCAUGCCUGCAGGACAAGAUCAUACAGAUGGAGGAGACGCACUAUUCGACAAAUGAAGAGCUGCAGGCAACGCUACAGGAGCUGGCCGACCUGCAGACGCAGUUGAGCGACACACAAACGGAGAACGAGCGCCUCGCCGAGGAGAAGGAUGUGCUCUUUCAGUCGCUGUGCCGCCAAACGGAAAUGCUGAACGAGUCGCGCACCCAAAUCAACACAUUGCAGGAGCUAUUGCUGCGCGACACCAAACAGGCUGAGGCGACCACCACGGAGCGGGAGAAGAAGUUGCUGGAUCUGAUACAGACAACACAGGAGGAGCGUGAGGCAUUGAUGCUGAAGCAGGAGGAGCUCAACGCCGAGCUGGCCGAGCUGCGGCAAUCGCGCGACACCAUUCAACUGGAGCAGCAGCGGCAGCGCGAGCGCAACGCUCUGCUCGAUUCGCAGCUGGAUGCGGCCAAUGCCGAGCGUAAGCAGACCGAAGCGCAACUCUCGCUGGCCAAGGAGGAGAUCUCACAGCGCGCCAUUGAGAUUAGCAGGCUGAGUACGUUGUUGGAGAAUGCACGCUCCAAGAUCGAAGAGCUGGAGGCUGAUCUCUCACGUGGCGAUAAGACUGAUCUGAGUGAUGUGCUCGAUGCGGCGCGCCGCGAGAAGGAUGCGCUUGAGGAGCGGCUGGCCGAGCUCCAGGAUCAGUGGUCGCGCAGCCAGGCGGAAUUGCGUCGCCUGCGCGAACAAAUCGCUGGCCUAACCGAGGAGUGCAAGGUGGCCAAGAACAAUGCCAAGUGCGCUGUCUCCCAUUUGGAGUAUCGGCUGGAGCAGCUGCAAUGCGAGAAGGACAAACUGGCUGCGGAUUACCAGGCCAUGGAGGAGCGCAUCAACGAGCUGCAUGUGCAGUGCAAAUGCCAUCUGGAGGACAAGGCACAGCUGCAGCAGCUGCUGACCGCAACGCAACGGCACCUGGGCGAUGUGGAGCUGCAGCUGACGGAGAGCGAAUCCCGCCUGGAGAAGGAGAUGCAGCUGCGUAAACGCGACGCUGACGAAUGGCAACAGUUCCAGGCGGAUCUCCUAAUGACUGUGCGUGUUGCCAACGAUUUCAAGACUGAGGCGCUCAGCGCACGCGAGCAGCUGGUGCUCGACAACAAGACGCAGAAGGAAAAGAUCCGGCUGCUCGAGCAGCAGCUGGAAAAACUAACCAAGCAGCAAACACAGCAGACGGAGACGCAGCAAUCGGUGCUGACCUCCGUGCAGCAGGAGAUGGCAACACGACGCAGCAAGCUCAGCUUUAGUCGACAGGACUCUCGGCUGUCCGUCAAGACACUUAUCGAGAGCAUCGAAAACAACAAACAGCAGGGCAAAACGGACGAGACCGAAUCACAUUAUAGUUCGACGUCGAGUCUAAACAGCGGCACGCCCGAAACGGGUAAUACGCCCAUUAUACUGCCCGGAUCCAGUGACUGGCACGAGAGUCUCCGACUACCUGUGCUGCAGAGCAGCAAUCUGCAUGUGAAUGUGAACACAGCAGCAACUGCUUCGGCCGCAGCCAUACCAGCACCAGCAGCAACAGCAACAGCAGCUAACACUACCAAAGCAACACAACAGCAACAACAACAGCAGCAGCAGCAGCAACAGCAGCCGCCGCAAUUGCAGCAUCAAUUGUCGCAACAGUCAAUGACAAGCGUGACAUCAUCGUCAACACAGUGCUCCACACCAAACACACCCGGCAGCCUACAGCAGCAGCCGCCCAGCCUGACAACGCCAGCUCAGACGCCAAAUAGCGCACUCGUGAGCAGCCUCAGCUUUGGCAAUGUCUCAAAAUCCUUAAUCAGCGGUGAACGCAAGGAUCCGCUCAAUAUGCUGGCCAAAAACGGUGGCUCGAAGCGCAAUGCUUUGCUCAAGUGGUGCCAGAACAAGACCGUCGGCUAUCGCAACAUCGACAUCACGAACUUUAGCUCAUCGUGGAACGAUGGGCUGGCAUUCUGCGCCAUUCUACAUUCCUAUCUGCCGGAUCGCAUACCAUACGACACGCUCACCCCGGCCAACAAGCGUCGCAACUUUUCGCUCGCAUUUGCCGCCGCCGAGUCGGUGGGCAUUACCACCACCCUGAACAUCAAUGAUAUGUGUCAGAUCGAGCGACCCGACUGGACUCUGGUCAUGUCCUAUGUAACCGCUAUCUACAAGCACUUCGAGACAUAAGGCCCUUCCUCUCCGUCCGCGGUGAACUGAACUGAAUCUGGGAGCGAAUGUGCACACAUCUUUUGUAUAUGAAUUUCUCUUGCUCUUUGCUACUUUUUAGAUUUUUAAAAUUCCUGGCGACUAUGAUAAACGAUAAAAAAUGAGUUAAAAGCUUAACUUAACCAAAC